AUGUCUCAGAUUCUACGUAGUACUUCUUCUAUUAAACAAUUUCUGCACAAAAACCAGUCUUAUAUUUUGAAUGCUAGAAAUUUUUCAAAAAAUAUUAAAACUUCUCCAAUUUUAAGGAAUGUUGGUGUGCUGUUGAAAAAAAAUAAAAAUGUUCUUUCACAGAUAACGAAAGUCCCUUUCCAUCCAGGAGCCAGUAAUCUGGUACCAUUAGGAAGUGUUGCUGGAGCAAAACCACCAACAGGAUGGGAAGUUGUAAAACAUUUGUUACGCUAUGACUCUUUUGAUAAGUGCUAA